UAGUGUCCGUCAUUCCUAAUGCUGUAGAUCCUACUGACUUCACUCCAGACCCAUUUAGAAGGCAUGAUAGUAUAAUAACUGUUGUUGUUGUCAGCAGACUUGUUUACAGAAAAGGUAAUGAAAUGAUAGCUACAAUUGCACUGCACAGACUUUUGUUUCUUGUAGAAAGCUGUUGAAUACUUGUAUGUAAUGAUUGUUUGGCUUUUCGUUUUGUUUUAUGGGCUCAUAACCACUUCUGGAUUAAAUACGGCAAAGGAAGGUGUAAUACUGUUUGAUACAUCCCCCCAGAUUUUUUGAAAUGGUGGUGAAUGCCACCCCCACCUUUGAUGUUUUAAUAGUUACUUAAAAACAGUAAUCUGAUGUUGUUGAGUAGGUCAGGUCUUUUUAAGGUUAAACAGCCCUGUGUGUGUGGUAAGAGGUGAGAAGCUGAGCCACCACAUAGCCCUUUCUUUCUGAUUGCAAAAAUAAUGCCUUUUCACUGCAGAUAUUUUGAAAACUAAGAAAAGCACAGAGGUGGAAAGUAAAAUCAGCUGUAACUGUACUAUUCAGGGAUGACCUUUAGGAAUAUUUCAAUUUCUAGCUUUCCUGUCUAUUAUGCAUCUCCUCAAAGUCAGCUUGUUCUGAACAUUGCCAUUUUAUAGCUUAUUUCAUUUAAUCGUAGAUAAGGGGUUAAUAAUCUGGGGGCAGGUAAGUGGUGAAGGCAGGGGGAUUAGACAGCCUGGAGCCUGAUCCUCCCCGCAUCCCACUGUGUGAUUGAGGACAAGCUGCUUAACCUCUCUGAGUCUCAGUUUUUCCAUUUGUACGGUUUGGGCAACACCAGGAAUCUUGUGAGGGUUCAGUGAUGGUUCCUGUAAAGUACUUAGGCCAGUUUGUAUUUGAUAAGUGUCUGCCAUUAUCAAGGAGGAUUUUUUUUUUAGUGCCUCUGCAGCACUUAAUGGACACCGCGAUAGCAUUUGUAGAGCCUCGUUUACUAAAAGCCUGAAACGGUCUGGUUAUUCAGAACCUAAGUGGUCUUCUGGAUGGUAUUUGAAGAACCUGUCCAGUAAUCAAAAUCAUCACUUAAAGUAGGGAAUUAUUGAAAAAAAAUAAUCCAUACCCUCCCUUAAGUAUUUGAAUUUAACUCAGAAUGUCAUUAACACACACUGAGUUGCCAGUAAGUAGUUGGAUGUGGGCCUCCAGGCGUAAGAGUACUGGUCCGCUGGUUUGAGCUGUGCCAUCUUUCUCGCACGGCCACCUUCCAAAAGCGUCAUUAUUUGUAGUUGCCUACUUGGGCUUCCUUUAAGUGGGGUGAGAACUUAAAGGUGUACGAAAUCAUGUACUUCGAGAUUUUUGACUUGUUCUUGAUUUGACACAGUGGUUUAGGAUAUCCCCUAAUCGGACAAGAGCUUUCUGGUGUAACUUUUCCUUUAUUGAAUGUUUCAUACCGUUCAGCUUAGUCUCAUAGGAACUUAACUGUGUCAGUUGAUGUGCCAUUUACGUAAAUUACCCAGCGUUCCCAAAGUACCCGCAUUACCAAGCGUAGCUGGCAUCAGACGUACGUGGACCAAUGCAGCUGGUUCUCAGCACGCAGCUCAGCGGUGGGGUCGGAAGUGUACCAGUGUGCCCAGGAGUGGCCUACGGUGCAGACGCAGGCCUUGCUCAGUAUGCUUUACAUUUGGAAGGGAGCCCUGGUUGGUCCAGCAGUCCACUUAAGUGGAGGGACUGAUUUGCUUAGUGGUAUAAUACCUGAACUCUGUCAAAAAUAUCCAGAUUUAAAUUUCAUAAUUGGAGGAGAGGGACCUAAGAGAAUCAUUUUGGAAGAAGUACGGGAAAGGUACCAGCUACAUGACAGAGUACGUCUCUUGGGAGCCUUAGAACACAAGGAUGUUAGAAAUGUCUUAGUUCAAGGACAUAUUUUUCUUAAUACUUCCCUUACCGAAGCGUUCUGCAUGGCAAUUGUGGAAGCAGCCAGUUGCGGUUUACAGGUCGUCAGUACCAGGGUUGGCGGGAUUCCUGAAGUACUUCCAGAAAAUCUGAUCAUUUUGUGUGAGCCUUCUGUAAAGUCCUUGUGCGAGGGUUUGGAAAAAGCGAUUUCCCAACUCAAAUCAGGAGCGUUGCCGGCCCCCGAAGAUAUUCACAACAUCGUAAAGACUUUCUACACCUGGAGGAACGUUGCGGAAAGAACCGAAAAAGUGUACGACCGCGUGGCAGGAGAAGCCGUGUUACCGAUGGACAGACGACUGGACAGACUCAUCUCUCACUGCGGCCCGGUGACGGGCUACAUUUUUGCUUUGUUGGCUGUAGUCAACUUUCUCUUCCUCGUUUUCCUGCGAUGGGUGACUCCAGAUUCUGUCAUCGACGUUGCAAUAGACGCCACAGGGCCAAACGGGGCCUGGACUCCUCGAUACCCUCCCAGUAAAAAAGAGGGCAAGAAUAAUGCGAUGUCUAAAACCAGGUAGAAGAAAGCCUGGAUUGUUACAUUUUACACAUUUGUGAUAGUUCUAUUAAGACUAUCGAAAAUAACCUUGCUUUUUUCUUUGUUUUUUUUAAAGUUCAUUUAGUAAGUUAUGCUACCUCUAUACCAUUCAAUGUUUUAUUUUGAAGAAAGAUAAAAACUUAUGCAACGCCUGAGUGUAGAAACUCCUUGCACUUACUUAAAAUUUAGGAGAGAACAUUUAAGCCACUCAGGUAUGACAUUUUUCAGACUACUGAAAUCCCUUUAACAGAGAUGUUUUAACAUUAUAUUUUGGGAGCUUUGGGUGCUGAAGGGCCAAAUGUUUUCUGGGCAUUUUUUGGCCAAUUUUAAAUGUUCUACCAUUAAUUAGACAUUCACCAGAUGUUUACAAGUUUCCUUUAGGGAAGUACAACAACGAUACGAACUACUUUGAGUCCUGUUCACACAUGUCAUAGCCAUUGAAGUCCUGUUCGUAGCCGUUGAUUUGGUUCACUCAGUGUUACGUACCGUCAGCAGGUUUCUUGAGUAAGAUGGUCCAUCAGUUAGUAGCAUGUUUUAAGCACCUACUAUGUGUAGAACAUUGAACCAGACACUUCCUGCUGUUAAGGACCAGGGGCACAUGCGCUCUUUGUUGAUCACUCCGAUGGCUCACUUCUCUGUAGUCACAGUUGACAAGCUGGUAAAAUAUCAAACAUGCCAAAAAUGCUCCUGCUUUUAAUGCCGGGAAGAAACUGUCGGCAUACUCUGAUUACUUCUUCGACCUUGUCACAUGCGUUCUCCUAGGUAGAGCCUUCGUCUUCGUUUGUGUUUAUGAAAAUACCUUUUCUUUUGAAAUACUAGGGACCGAUAUCACUGUUGAUGCUAGUGCAGAGAAACCCUCCACGUGCUUCCGUGCAUCGUUUAGUCCUCUGUACAUGCCUUCAUGUCUUCCGAGCAGAACGUACGAGGUGUGCAAUCUCCAAGUCAGCUGCUACCCUGUACCUUCGAUGCAAGCCACGUCCCUUCACUUGUGGCCUAGCUGAUGUCUGAGAAGUAUCGUCAGUAUGCAAAAGCCUUUGCCCCAGAAUGUUUUAUUUAUAGCAGAUUGAGUCUGAAAAUGUUAGGAACACAGUCUCUUGUGUGGAUGUGUGUUGUUCACUGUAAUCGUUGUUGCCCAGAGCCAUGGGUUUUUAAACCCCAAAUUAUCCACAUGGUGUGUCUUACGAACUCCUUGAACUCCUUAGAAUAAGUUUUUGUGAUCAAGGACUGCGAAAUCAAAAGAACGAGGCACUCGUUGGUGCACUAGAUAGAUUCUGGCAGUAUUGUGAUCCUUGACGGGACUUGUUUUCUUUAAUGAUAACAUUCACAAAACUUCUUUUUAGAAAGUAUCUUAACAUGCCUGUUAACCAGUUGCCACCGAUAACGUAGGGAAUAUGUCUGUGUUUUGUGCCGAAACACAAACGCGGGAGUGCGGUUUUUAAAACCUGGAAGUUAACGGUUCUUUGGUGAAAGAAAAAUGGACUGACCUAAACCAUUAAAUUUCAUUGGGAUUUUUAUGCACAGAAACGGAUUUAUAUAAAUAUGAAACAGUGCCAGUAUUCACGGCGAAGCACGCAACUAUAACCUUUGCUUUUAUGUAUCCUGUUCAGCAAUUUUGAAGGGCAUACUACUGUUGGUUCUUCUAUUUUUGUUUCUUAGCAUAUUUUCAAGAUUGCCAUGUGUUUCAGGUGGAAAUGGGAUUUAAACUUCUUGCAUGUAAAGUAUGUAAUUUGCAAAUCAGAAUUAUUUCCUUUGUUUUUUUACAAACGGAAGUAAAUUUGCUUGUUCUCGUAAAUCUUAAUUUUCAGGCUUCCUGGAUACCUUAAUCGUAACUGUCAGUGUUGCACUGGUCAAUAUGUGGAAACAUAUUGUUCUACCCCGCUACUUACAUUUAUUUGAAAGUGAACUUGCAGUGAUGGGGAAUUUAUGAAAAAUAUAUUGUAUUUCUUUUGAUAUUAUAAAAAUGAGCACAUAUAACACUGAUUUAUGAAAACAUGCUACGUGUCCAAAAAUAAAGACCAAAAUGGCAUUUUGACAA